GUCUUUUGGUGGGGCGGGAUGCUCUCCAGCAAACGCGUUGGCAGCGAAAGAGUUAACCAUCGGUGGCGCUUCUGGGUUUCUUUUCGGUAAAACAGAAAAGCUGCUGGGUGAAACGAGGGAUGCAGAUCGGGGAUAGGAAAUUCAAUACUAGAAAUAAGUAGAUGACGGAGAGAACAGGGGACGAGGAGAAGCAGCAUGGAAGGUCGGGCAGCGUAAAACCGCGCAAGCCGUAGCGACCGAUGUGAAGAGCUGGGAUAAACAAAGGGACGCGCAGAGCUUUCUAUCAGUUCAAAGCUGAAUGCGGCUGGAAAUGAGCAGGUCCGCAGCCCUCCUGCUCUGUUUAUUGGGCUGCAAUGUCUGGAAAGCUGUGACCAAGACCUUGCAGGAAGAAAACCCCGCACAAGAGGUUAUGCUGAAGGUUCAUAUAAGCGAUGCAAGCACUAAUCAGCCUAUAGCAGCAACAACCAUUGAAAUUUUUACGAACCAAACUUCCCUUGUCUCUGAGAUCUCAGGAGCAGAUGGCAACGCUUUUCUCAAAUUUCACUACAGAGUCGGCACACUGUUGAUUGUCACGGCAACCAAGCGUGGCUAUGUGCCAAACUCAGCUUUAUGGCGACCAAGCAGGAUACCAGUGUUUUCAUCCCUGAGCCUCGGCUUGCUUCCUGAGAGAUCUGCAACAUUAAUGGUGUAUGACGAUGUCGUGCAGAUAGUGUCAGGAUUUCAAGGUUCAAGGCUCCAGCCAAAGGUUCAGUUUCACAGAAGAUCAUUAAAGUUACCUCAGAACACCACAUUUGGCAAUCUCACUGCAUUUCUAACUGUGGCAUGUUCGCCUGGCGAAGCUCACCAUUUCCCAUACUUGCAGGGACUUAAUGGGAAUGGAACAGGAAACAACAGUCGAUUCGAACUCACGCCUAUCACUGCCAUCAGUGUACACCUGCUUAAUAGCGAUGGGUCUGACGUUCAGGUCGAUGGUCCUAUCCACAUCUUUGUGCCUCUGCCUCCCAACAGCAACCUAAAUGAGAAUAACCAUAUUCCAGCAUGGAGAUUUGACAAGAAGCUUGGAGCCUGGCUGAAAAGCAGCUUGGGCUUCGUACAGAGGGAGGGAAACCAGCUUACCUUGACCUACAUCGCUCCCCAUCUUGGUUACUGGGUGGCAGCAAUGUCACCCCACAGCACAGGCCCAGUGGUGGCAAAGGACAUUAGUACUUACCACACUGUGUUCCUGUUGGCUAUUCUGGGAGGAAUGGCAGUUAUUCUGCUGGUUCUACUCUGCUUGCUCCUCUAUUACUGCCGGAGGAAAUGCAUAAAACCUCGGCAACAUCACAGGAAGCUGCAGCUGUCUUGUGCCUUGGAGGCUUCAAAGAAGGAUCAGGCGACCUCUAUGUCUCAUUUGAAUCUCAUCAGCGAAGUACAUAUGGAGAUGGUCUCUUCAAGUGGAGAAGCAGACCUUCACACACCAAUGCUCAAGCCUUCCUACAAUACAUCCCGGGACUUCAGUUCUAGAGAGGAAUUAUUGUCACAACAUGAAGAGCGAGAUAAAAGCCGAGGUUCACUAAACAAUCUUACCCGAGGUACCUUAUUAAAGGAGUAUCACAGAGCAAUGGAGAGCUUUCCCUUAAAGACUGGCAGGUCUAAUGAAGCCUCUGAAGGCUACGAAUCUCCAGCUCAGGAAGAGUUUUACAGGAGCUACAACUCAGUAUCAUCACAACUGCUGCUGGAUAAAAAAGAUAAAGAAGUUCAGGCAUCUUUUACUCAGUUGUCAGGAGUAAGUACAAGAAGCAUAAGAGAGUCCGGAUACCCAGUGCCAGGGAUAUCAGUGAAAGAACCAGCAGGGGAUCGAAGGGCACCAGACUACUUGAUGUCAAGGUCAGUUGAUCAUCUUGAAAGACCAACAUCUUUUCCUCACCCUGGUCAGUUGAUUUGUUGCAGCUCUGUCGAUCAAGUGAAUGAAAGCAUUUACCGAAAAGUGUUGCCUACACUUGUUAUUCCUGCUCACUAUGUGAAUCUGCCCGAGGAACACCCUUAUGCAGGCCAGUCUUUGAUUCUGCAGACUGAACAACAGAGUGAUCUUGACCAACUUCAGGCAGAGCUUACUGCAGCUCAUCCACCAUUGCAGCAGCCUUCACAGACCAUGAAACUUUCUGCUCAGGAUAUAUCUCAUCAGGACCUCCAGGAUCCACAAGCCACUGACUGGAGCUUGGAACCAGCGCCCAUGCCAGAAUCGAUGUCAAUUCCAGCAUCACUUAACGAGGCAGCAGUUGUUCAGAUGAAUGGAGAGGUGCAGCUCCUAACUGAAAAAACUCUCAUGGAGCUCAGAGGUGGAAAGCCCCUACCCCACCCUAGGGCAUGGUUUGUCUCACUAGAUGGACGAGCCAAUGCUCAUGUCAGGCACUCGUACAUUGACCUUCAGCGAGCAGGGAAGAAUGGCAGCAAUGAUACAAGUUUAGAUUCUGGUGUGGAUAUGAAUGAACCAAGACAGGGCAAGAAAAUCAAAGAACGAGAAAGGAAAAGGAAGCUGCCAGUAACCAUGGCAUAUACUCAUCUGGUGUACGUAGAUGAUGUAGAGCCAGGUAGUAGUGAAAAUGGACCAAACAUCCACAGUCCUGAGGAGAGCCCUGCAGGGCCGCAGCCACAGCUGGAUCAGGUACCAGAGGAAGACAAAAGAGAGAGUUUGCCUAGGCAAAAGCAGAAUGCCACAAACAGAACUGUAGAAGAUGAGCAAGAGUUAAGACUGCCUACUAGCCCUGAACACACUACUCCCUGCCCAAACGAUGGUGGGGAAGACCAAGACGAAAACAAAAAGAGUCCCUGGCAGAAGCGUGAGGAAAGACCACUGCUGGCAUUUAACCUCAAGUGAGAGCGGACUGACAGUGUUGUGGUGGAUGUACAAAACGUAUUGCCAAAAAGAUCAUUUUGAGUUUCAGUGAAUGAAGUAUGCAUGGGCGAGGCGAGACAUAUACUUCAUGUAUACCUGUUAUGCCUUUAAGAAAAAACAGAAAAACAGAAACGAUGAAUGCCAUGCAUUAGCCUUUUAAUGCCGUUUGCUGGAAAAGCAAAGAACCUAAAUAGCUUUAUGUUCCUUUUAAAAGUUCGUUCAGUUAAGUGGAAGAGCACAUGCCACGGCACCGUUGUACCGGGGUCAUGUUUUAGUAAGAUACCUUGUUGGUUUUUUUUAUGGAAUUUUAUUAAUGUAACUGAAAACAUAAUAUAAGAAGAUGGCUAUGCAUUGCUAAUUUGUUUUUUUUUUUUGUUUUUUUUAGCAAACUGAUGCCUUUGUGUAAUUUUGAAAAAGAUCAUUUUAGUUGUAAACAUUUUAAUACUUUUGAGAAGUUUUUUGUUUUAUUUGCUUUUUAUCUGGGUGCUAAAUUAAAACUCAGAAUUACAACAGCCUUCUAUUCAAAUACCAAACUAGGUUGUCUGUUUGUUGGUCCUCUACUUCCAUAUUUUCAAGUGCCUUUUCAGAGUUUCUUGUACAUAAGAAAACAUCCUAAACAAUUUCUUCUUGUUUAAUAAAUGCCCUGCUGACAACUUUUUUUGGAUUGCAUGCUGUAAAUUGUCAAUUGAGUAUGGAGUUUUUUUUUUUCAUUUCUAUCCAAAUGUUUGUUAUAGUUAGCAAAGCAGUACUGGAGUUUGGCUCCAGAUAGAUUAGAGAAUGGGUGAGAAUUUGUAGUCGCUCGUAAUAGAGGACACAUUUGUGUGUGAGAGAGAGUAAGUGUGUGCGUGCGUGCGCCAUAUCACAAGAGGCUUCCUUCUUUAAGUGCUGCUUCUUGAUUUCUGACUUCUGGAAUGGUUUUAAAGAAAGUGUCUUAUGACUGAGAAUGUUUCUUAGGUUCUGCCUUCUCAGUAACAGAAUGACACUCCUCUGUGGUCCACUUACACUGGUUUCUUGUGUAUCUGUGGCUAAUUAUGCAGAAUAAAUAAAAUUUGUCAAGUUA